AUGGUAGAGUUGGUCGAGCUGGAAAAAGAAACUUUCCUGGAGCCAUUUGUGCUGAAGGACCUGCUGCCAUCCUCACUGGGAAGUUACUAUCGAUACACCGGCUCUCUGACCACUCCGCCUUGCAGUAAGGUGGUGGAAUGGAUCGUCUUCAGCAGGCCUAUAUAUGUCUCCUACAAACAGUUGGAGGCUUUCUACUCGAUCUUCACCACAGAACAGCAGGAUCAUGUUAAGUCAGUGGAGUAUUUGCGCAGCAACUUCAGGCCCAUCCAGAACUUGGACAACCGCCAUGUCUUCAAGUCAGCAGUGAAAGACGCCUGGCUGCCUGACCUGACUGACAACAGCAGUGGGCCAUAUGGCACAGAGGCUUCCAAAGUGUGCAGCAGUGCUCCCAUCAACAUGAAGGUGCAGCAUGUGAAUGGCAGUGCUCUAGUGGUCCGUUGGGCUCGUCCAGAGGUCACCUACCACCCACCCAUCCUCCACUUCCUGGUGUCCUACAGCUGGACCACCCACGACGACAGCUAUGAGGAGACGCACCUUACUGAUGCCAAACACAAACUGGAGGCUGUCAUUUCUCCCGUCUCCCCUGAUGUACUGUACCUGUUUCGAGUCCAGGCUGUAUGCGUGAAUGACAUGCGCAGUGACUUCAGCCAGAGCAUGCUCUUCAGAGCUAACACCACCAGGAUCUUUGAGGGGACAAGGAUCGUAAAAACUGGAAUGCCAACAGUGUCCCCAGCCUCCUCAGCUGACAUGGCUCCCAUCUCCUCUGGCUCGUCUACUUGGACCUCCUCCGGCAUCCCCUUUUCUUUCGUCUCCAUGGCAACAGGCAUUGGCCCAUCCUCUAGCGGCAGUCAAGCAACUGUGGCGUCUGUGGUGACCAGCACUUUACUGGCCGGCCUGGGUUUCAGCGGCGGUGUCAUCUCCUCUUUCCCCAGCUCCAUUUGGCCGAGCAGAGCACCCACUCAUAAUCCCACCCGUCUACGCCAGACCACUGAACCCAGUGAGUCCACUAAAGAUGCCACUGCCUCUGCCUCUGCUGUCACAGCAACCACAGCCAAGGAUAACAGUGAAGCUGGGGUUAAGGACAGAGAGAACACCAAGGGUCAAGGAGAGGAUGGAGAGAGGGAACGAGAGGAUAAGGAUGAGGAUGAAGAGGAGGAAGAUGAAGAAAAAGAUAAGAGGAAGGAGAGGAAAGAGUCAGGUGGUGUGGGUAUAGCAGGGAAGAAGAACAGCAGUAAAGUGGUGAACCAGCCAUCCAGUGAGAACCUCGACUCCACUGUAAAGGAGAAAGAACAGACUGAACCAAAUCCAAGUAAACUGUUACGUGGCAAAGAAGAUGAACUGGAAGUGUACACACAUAAUACACUGGACUCUAAACCUGUUACCACCACAGAGACAGCCAGUGAAACUGCAGCUUUUUCUGCACCUCCGAACUGCACAGUGACCCUUAGACUUGGCGCAGAUGGAGACCAGAAGCAAUGGCCUUUUUCCUUCCAUACUGAUCGCCCCAACACAGCGACCAACCUGACCCACCAGGCGAGGCCUGCAUCUGGGGUGGGACUGGGUCGUGUUGAGUGGCUGGUACCUUUGGUGGUGGUCUCAGCUCUGACCUUCUUCUGCCUCAUCCUGCUGCUGGCUGUGCUCAUCUACUGGAGAUCAUGUCAGCAACAGCAUGCGACAGACCGUAUGCUCUCUCUUCUGUUCUCUAGGAUGAACGCUCUUUGCUCUCUGCUCUGUAUCAAAUACAGGCGGUGUUUCCAGACAGCCCACUUCUACGCGGAAGACAGCAGUUCACUCAGGGUGGUACCCAAUGAGACAAUUCCUGUCAUCCCCAUCCCAGAUGACAUGGAAGCCCUUCCAGUCAAGCAGUUCAUCAAACAUGUUUCUGAGCUCCACUCAAAUAACCAACACGGAUUCUCUGAAGAUUUUGAGGAGGUUCAGCGGUCCACAGCAGAUAUGAACAUUACGUCGGAGCACUCAAACCACCCUGACAACAAGCACAAGAACAGAUACAUCAACAUCAUGGCCUAUGACCACAGCAGGGUGAAGCUAAGGCUGCUGGCUGGGAAAGACUUCAAACACACGGACUACAUCAAUGCCAACUAUGUGGAUGGUUAUAAUAAACCUAAAGCCUACAUCGCAGCCCAGGGGCCUCUCAAGUCCACUUUUGAUGACUUUUGGCGGAUGGUGUGGGAGCAAAACACCGGUAUCAUUGUCAUGAUCACCAACUUAAUGGAGAAAGGCCGGAGAAAAUGUGACCAGUACUGGCCAGCAGAGUACAGUGAAGAGUACGGCCACAUGUUGGUCACACUCAAGAGCAGUAAAGUUCAUGCCUGCUACACUGUCCGCCACUUCACAGUGCGCAACACUAAAGUCAAAAAGGGCGGGAAGGGGAACUCGAAGGCACGGGCUCAGAGUGAACGGACAGUACUCCAGUAUCAUUACACCCAAUGGCCAGACAUGGGUGUCCCAGAAUAUACACUGCCUGUCCUUGCGUUUGUACGCAAGUCCUCGGCCGCCCAGAUGCCUGACAUGGGACCCUUGCUUGUCCACUGCAGUGCUGGUGUGGGGCGGACAGGGACAUACAUCGUCAUAGACAGCAUGCUGCAGCAGAUCAAAGACAAGAGCACAGUUAAUGUACUUGCUUUCCUCAAACAUAUACGCACCCAGCGCAACUACCUAGUCCAAACUGAGGAACAGUAUAUCUUCAUACAUGAUGCCUUGACAGAAGCCAUUUUGGGGAAAGAAACGGAAGUCUCAGCCAGCCAGCUUCACAGCUACUUCAACAACAUCACAUCAGGACACAGUAGGACGACACGUCUGGAGAAACAGUUCAAGUUGGUAACUCAUUGCAAUGCCAGAUUUACCGAAUGCUUCAAUGCUCACAAGGAGUGCAACAAAGAGAAAAAUCGAAAUUCCUCCUUGGUGCCAUCAGAGCGAGCGAGGGUCGGCCUAGCACCUUUGCCUGGGAUCAAAGGCACUGAUUAUAUUAAUGCCUCUUACAUCAUGGGUUAUUACCGAUGUAAUGAGUUCAUCAUUACUCAGCAUCCUCUGCCCCACACCACAAAAGACUUCUGGAGAAUGAUCUGGGACCAUAAUGCACAAAUUAUUGUGAUGCUGCCUGCCAACCAUGGACUGGCAGAAGAUGAGUUUGUGUACUGGCCCAGUCAGGAGGAGGCCAUGAACUGCGAGGCGUUCACUGUCACCCUUAUCAGUAAAGACCAACUCUGUCUGUCCAGUGAAGAGCAGAUCAGCAUCCAUGACUUCAUCCUGGAAGCUACACAGGAUGACUAUGUACUUGAGGUUCGUCACUUUCAGUGUCCCAAGUGGCCGAACCCCCAUGCCCCCAUCGGCAGCACUUUUGAGCUCAUCAACAUCAUUAAAAAGGAGGCGGCCACACGAGAUGGACCAACCAUCGUCCAUGAUGAGUUGGGAGCAGUGUCAGCUGGCAUGCUGUGUGCUCUUACCACCCUGUCGCAGCAGCUGGAAAGCGAGGGCACCGUUAAUGUCUAUCAAGUGGCCAAGAUGAUCAACCUCAUGAGGCCAGGAGUCUUCACAGACAUUAACCAGUACCAGUACCUAUACAAAUCUCUUCUCAGCCUUGUCAGCACCAAGGAGAAUGGUUCCAGUCUUCUGACCAGGGACAUUAAUGAGACUAUGAUGUCCAUGUCCGACCAGUCCGAUCAGUCUGACCAGGCAGAAAGUAUGGAGUCACUAGUCUAAAAUGAGGCCCGUCUUUGCCUGGAGCUGAGCUGAGGGAGUCUUGUGGGUUCAAGCACCCUGCAAGGUCCCUGAUCCCACAAAGUAGGCACUUAACUUUGUAAAACGUCAAGGAACUAUUGUGGACAAGACUUUUUGAGGCCUUUUUUUUGCCAGACUCUUGGUUAAAACAAAUAACCUGAUAACUUUUUUACACUGAUAAAAGUUUUUGAUAUUUAUUUUAUUUUAUUUUUUUGCCAUUUUAUGUCUUAAUGUUCUCCUACUGAAGGGUUUACACCUGUGUUUUUAAGUUUCAUGACAGCGGCGACAAGAAACACUUUUCUGUCUUUUCUUGUUUGCACUAUAUAAUGUCAGUGUUACUGCCUUUACUGAAGCUGACUCACUUGGCUUUUCUUCACUAAAGCUCACAUUUCUUUGACAUUCCAUGGCUUUGACUUUUGUUAAACCAGUUGCUUCUGUAAGGGACAUCCUCCUGCCUGCCACCUUCCAGUGCAUUUAAGACAGCGGACAGAGGAAGUCACAAACUCCCCGCCUCAGUAACAAAAUGCUGUCCAUCUUCAGCUCAGUGUGACCUCCUCUUCCCUUUUGGUCUGUAGUACUCAUAUUGCCACUCAUUUAUCACAACAACCAAGAUCUCGGAACCUAUUGUCACAGACAAGCAGUGUUUGUUGUUGAAUUUAUUUCCACAUCACUCAUUUUUUGUUUGUUUGUUUGCUUGUUUUAUUGUUACUCUCCCUUUUAUUGAGUGGCUCCUAGUGAGUCACAACCAUGUUAGAAUACUUAAGGUGGUGUAACAACUGCUACUGUGAACUUUUAUGAUUAUUUCUUUGUAUAAUUCAUAUUAUGCUUUUUAAUAUAUGGGAAUACUGUAUGUAAACAUAUAUAAAUAUAUCCUUAUCAUAA